AUGAAAAAGUUGUUGUUGUUUUCACUUGUGUCCAUGACCCCCUCAGGUGGUGCAGUUGCUAAGACUGGUGGCAUGUUUUGGAAGAUCAAGCUUGACAAUGACGUCAGUCAAUUGCUAGUGUUGCAGGUGAAAACAAUCACAACAGAAGCUGUGAUCAGUCAUUCCUUGGCUGCUAAGGAUGAGGAGAUCCUUGCAGCCAUGCCCUCCUUGGUCCCUGAAAAAAGAGCAAAGGAUAAUUAUUUGAAGAAUUUGGAGAAUUCCCUGGAUAAUGUGCCCGUAAAUCUUCUUUUGGAUGAAAUUGCAACGCCUUCUGAGUGUUUGCCAGACAAACCAUGUUUCCCAGACUUGUACAACCUGCACUUCACUUCUCGUCAAUACCAAGUUUUAGAAGCAUUUUUUGGCACAAUGGACAUCAAAUCAUGCGCCGCAGAUUCCAGAGGAUCGAAAGGACCUUUCGUACGGUGCAUAACUUACCUUGUCGCCAAAGAAGAAUUUUUCAUCGCACAUUUAAAUCGCACGAGAAUUUUCAAGGGCAAAUUAAUGUUGAAAGACAGUUCCAUGUUUCGCCUGGGAUUAAUUUUCUGGGACGAAAAUCGGGAAAUGAUUCACAAAAGUGCCCUUGAAACAACAAUUGCAACGGACCACGUCACUCACUUGACCAACAGCGUUUAUGUUUUCAAUUUCCCUGCUAGAGAACCAGGAAUUAUCAAGAAAACAGUAGCAGUUUCUCUGGUGUGUGAAGAGGACGUAACUUCUGUGACAAAUGUGCUGAAAAUCGAGCAACCGAGGAUUGAACCACGCCACGGUUUUGUGCUUUGCGCAGAAAACUUUUUUGCGCCAUUUCGCGACGAUUCGUUACAGUUGAAGGAGUGGUUUGAAAUCCAGCGGGCUUUUGGAAUAACAAAACUUGUGUUCCCAGUCACAGGCGAAUUUCAACAUCCAAAUGUCACCAAGCUUUUCCAGAACUAUGAAAAGAAGGGAUUCCUUGAAGUGAAACAAUCCAAUUGGCCAGGAAGGUUUUCUUAUCCCACUGGGAUUCAAAGAUUGAGCAUCCCUGCAACUGAAUUUGCCUCUUUUGUGUACCAAAUUCAAAUUGGCGUAGAACGCAUUGACUUGCAAGCAUGUUUGCUUGAUUCAAUUGACAAGUACCAGUAUGCUAGUAUCCUCGACGUGGACGAAGUUGUGGCAGUGAAACCCCGGAAGUUGAAGACCUGGGACCAACUCCUGACUUUCGGUCUCCGCAAAACCUUCGCCCACUCUUCCACCAUUUGCUUUCUGGAGCAACAAAUGAUCUCCAGUCAGGAACCCCUCGUUUACUGGGAAUCCACUCAAAACCUCACGGGUUUUCCAGGGAUCCCGAAGCACCUGUUUUACCUGAAUCGGGUUUUCUCAGUGAAUGACGUUGACGAACGCGGAUAUCUUCCACAUCGCAUGAAAUGCAUCCACGAUUUGUCCCAGGUCCUCACUGCCAAUGUUCACGACGUCGAUUCGUGUGUCGAAGGCGUGUCGAGACGUCGGUGUGACAGGCAUUGGGUGUCCGGAAGGAUGUUGCAGGUCUUCCACUUCCGGUCGAGGUGUCGGAAGUCACGCAGCGACUACGGCGUGCUUUAUUUCCCGUGCGAGAUGGAUGAAGCCAGUUUCGGUGACCUUUUGUGGGACACGACCUUGUGGAAAUACACGGACGAGGUCGUUUCUGCCAUGAAUGGAAGUGUGACGUGGGAAGAUUGAAAAAAAAAUGAUUCAAUGCGAA